AUGAGGAACGCCGUGGUGGCUGUUGCCAUGGUGAUGUUGUGCACAUCUGUGGCGCACACUGACGUGAGGCCGCAGAGGGAUUUCAACUUGCAGAGGUUUGCAGGUAGGUGGUACCGUGUGGGUCUGGCAUAUGACUCGGCGAGCUUUGUCCCAUACAGAGACAAAUUGAAGGCCUCCCUGGGUGUUGUCACCGCGCAGGCAAAUGGCAACGUUAACCUUACGAUGUGGGAUGCCACGCCCGCAGGAUGUCGCAGUAAAACAUACUAUUACGAAAAGACAAAUAUUCCGGGACAGUUCACCUACUUCAGCACACGUCACAACAUGGUGAAGGACAUCACCGUUGUGGAUACAAACUACAGUGAAUAUGCCCUUGUGCUCAAACACAAAAUCUUUCAUAGAGAGUACACCCAGGUGGCCCUUUAUGGUCGCACUCAGAGGCUGAGAGCGGAUAUCAUUCAGAAGUUUAAAGCCUUUGCUUCAAUGAGAGGAUUUCCAAGAGAAGCCAUUCUCACCCCACCGCCAGCAGAAAACUGCCCUCCAUCAUCAUCUGGAUAG